CGAACGGCCUUGCCCCGGCGACGGGGGCCCGGCCGGUAUAUAAAACCCGCCGGACCGCGGUUACGGUAUGUCAUUCGGCCACGGACUUGCAGACAUCGCAGACACCGUCGAGAAGAGUACACGCACACACAUACAUACGCAUUGCACGCACAAAAAAAAAAAAAAAACCGUUAUGGAUCGCCACCAACUAGUGGUUAGUAAAAAUUAAAUAAAAAAAAUAAUAAUAAUAUUAAACGCACAUAAUAAGCUCAGAUUUUUUACUAAUGUUUUUUUUUUUUUUUUAAUUAUAUUUUGAUUUUUCUAAUACUACAACUAACGUAUCGAUUUUUUUCGCUUUUAAUUUUUUUUUUUCUUAUCGAUUUUUAUCGUCGUGUUUAAAAAUAAAAAAUACAAAUUUUUUUUUGGCAUGUUUAGAAUUUUUAUUUUUUUAUGUUCUCGCAUGUAACGCAACGGCGAGUACUCGCAAGCGAAUAACAACGCCGCGCCGCAGUGAUUAAACCGAACGGUUAUUGGCAUUAUUUAAAUUACCAUUAAUUCGCCUCACCAUAUACCAUUACACUGUUAUCAACUUACUUGAACUCACUCGUAUACUAUUACUUACAACCGUAAAAACUGUUUUGUUUUGUUUUUUUUUUUUUUUUUUUUUUUUACAACUUUAUUUAAACCGUGUACCCGCCAUACAUAGCUGAAGUGUACAGAAACAACAAUCGUCUCGCGGACUCGGCGCAGGACCGCGUACUGUUGUUUUUAUUUGUAUUUAAAUAAAACAAUUUCCGGUAUCGUAUGAUUACAAUAUUAACAUUAUUAUUAUUAUUACGUAUAUGUGUAACUGCUUGGAAGAAUUAUUGAGCGGGGGUGGGAUGUGGGGAAACAAAAAAACCAAUACACCGCACGCUCAUUACAAACUACUCACACUCACACUUUACUCUUUUUUUCUCACAACUUUAACGACGCGCGCUAUUCGGUUACGACGUACACUGCACACCGUUGUACUGCAAUAUGCACUUUUUAGCACGAUCGCGUCGGCUCGUCUCGACGCGUUCGCCCCCGGUUUCGUAUCGACAAUUGUUUCGCGACAUUUUCACUCUCCCCCCUCCCCCCAAAAAAAAAGGCCGUCCUCGGCCCUGUAUCGCCACUGUACAACGCGCGCCCGGUCACUCCACUCCCGACGCGUACCCCGAUAACCGUCACCCCUCCCCCCUCACCGGUAGGACGUAGCGUUAUAAUCGUAAUUAUAACCGUUGUAUCGUCUCCCGGCGCGCCCCGCGGAGGAUUUUCGGAGCGUUGCGCGGAACGCGUACCGCCCGCGGUCCGCUCGUACAACGACAUCGCGACGGCGUUUGUUUUCGCGUCCGAGAGGAGGAGCGUUUUUUUUUCCUCUCUCUCGCUCUCUCUAUCUGUCCUUCUUUCGGUUUUUCCGGUUCGAACCGACGGCAGCGGCGGGAAAUCCGUUUUCGCGACACUCGGCCCGCGCUGUUGUUGCGACCCCGGCGACGGUUACGGUCGCGGCGGAUCACGAAACGCGAUACGUGACGAAACCGCGCGGGACAAGCACGGCCGGUGUCGGUUGUUAUUAUACGCGCGCGCCGAUGGGCAAAGACAAUAUCAUGACAACAACAAUCCGGGCUCGCCGUGUCGCGAUUCAACGUCGUUUUUUUCGCCGCGGAUCCCGCGUGGCACCGGCGCUGCUCGUGAUUUUUAAGGUCAGGCCGACUGGUUUCCUCCGUCGGCGCGCACGCGCGUAUAACAUACACGUAUACAAUGACAAAUGAAAACCGAGUUCCGGAUACCUACUUUGAAUUGCAAUUUCGUCCGCGAACCAACACGUGUGCACGCAGUACAGGUAUACGACGUCAUGCUACAUCCCGUUUUGUUUUUUCUCAUCUCUCUCCAUAUCUCUCUCUCUCUCUCUCUCUCUCGCUCUCCGUUCGCCGUUCCGUUUACGAUGUCUUCCGUCCGCCGAGAUGCCCGCCGCGGUGCAUAAACGCACGCGAGGAACGCGCGGUCGGAACCGGAAAAACAGAAAUAACAAUGCGCUAAAUCAACACCGUAUGGCCGCGUAAUUACGCUGUUAUAAAUCGUCCGGUAACGGCAUUUCGCUCGCGUGUUCUCGCCCGCAAUACCCGCCGGGCACACGCGUUAUUUUAUAUUAUUUUUUUUUUUUCCCCCCAUUACCCAUCGCGUGUAUUGAGUACAAAAUUAUUUUCCCGAACAAUCCGAUCGUUAAAGUCUCCCGUGUCGCGGCCGUGCACACGCGGAAUCGCCCGAGACAUUAUUAUAGGCGCGCCGACCCCGUUUACGCGCGGCCGUUUUUCCCGACGGUUUUGUUUCAUUUUUUUUUUUUUUUUCCACCGAUUUUCUGUCAAUGACACGGCCGACCGUGUGCGACGGGCAUAGGUACACGUUACAACGAUCAACGAACGCAUCGUCGCCGAGAUCGCGUAAAAACAACGGGGCGCAGGUAAACGAGCGAUACUUUGCGCGGUGUCGGAACGAUAGUAGCACACACGUUGUCGGAACACCGGAAAAAGCGAAAAACGCCAUAAAAAGUGUCGAAAAAAAAAAAAAACUACGCUCGUUUUAUAAACACUGGUUUCGUUCGGCCGGGCGUGUGAUCGCGUCGCUGUACAAUUGACGAUAUCGGACCGUAUUUUCAACGCCUGCCCGAUCGUCCGCCAAUUAUUCGUCCGUUUACCCGUCGUGUCAACGUAACCAAAUCGUUCAAAAUGGUCUUUAUUUGUUAUUAUUUUUUUUUUUCAAAUUUCGAUAUAAACGUGUUUCGAGAAAUUUUUUCUGAACAAUAAUACGGGCAAUACGAGUGGCCGAUUAUUCUCGUACACCUACUGCGGUAUCGGCUCGGACUCGUUUAUUACGCACGCGGCGGCGGGGNGGGGGGGGGGGGGGAAUACGAAAUAGAUCCGCGGCGCCCGCGCGAGUUUUGUAACGCGCGAGUGAAAGUCGAGUUCAACUUUUAGUCGUGAUUUCCGGAUAUUAAAAAACCGACUCCGCGGCCUCCCGACCGCGUAAUAUUAUAUAGUUUCGGCGUCAACAGCGCCGUUUGUAUAUUAUAUUACAUUGUGUCUUAUACCCAUUAUUACCAACCUAUAGCUAUAGCUAUUUUUCCCCAUCGUUGUCGACAUAAACGGACUAUAUACAUAUAUACAUACGAGUAUAUGUGUGUUUAUACUAUUAUAAGAUAUUGUAUUGUACAAACAGUGAAAGUGGUAAAAAAAAAAAAAAAAACACACGUCGCGCGCAUCGUAUUAUUGUUAUUGUUAUUAUUGAACAUUAAUCAGUGAUGUUUGUAUUCUCGCAUGCAGGUGUUUCUGGCGCUGUUCGUCAAUGUCACCCUCGUUUGGUCAAAGGCGGUCGAUUUGCCACAAAAGCAAGUGUCCUUCCCCGCGGACGACGGGUCGUCUAACAAACGCGAAAAGAAGUCGCUAAGCAAUUACGAACAAACCGGUCUGCAGUGAGUAUACCUAUCAUUCCAUUGGAAAAUAACUCCAAAUGCCAUCGUCGUGGUGCGCGUUGACGCGCGAAUUAUAUCAAAACGUUAUCUUUUAUAGUUUCGAAUACCUACUUAACCAAUAAUUUAACAAAAUAUGUACGCAAAAACAGAUACUCCGCCUGCCUGUAUAAUAUUAUUACGGAUAACGCGUUUUUAAUCCGACUCGACAUUUCCGGAAAAGUAAUAAACAUCCGAUUUUAAUAGCUAUACCGGUAGGUAAGCAUAAAAAUAUUCUUUCCGGUUUUUGUUUUUUCUCUUCUUCUUUUUUUUUUUUUUUUUUUUAAUCGAUAUUUGAUUCUUUCAUAGGUGUUACGACGAUACUAUAUUAGGUAUUAUAUUCUUCGCGAGAACGGGCAUGUAGAAGAUGAUUUUCUACUUUCAACAAAGUUUUAUUUUUAUUCGAAUUUAACGAUAUUCGUCGAAUCUUUCUCGUUACCGUAAAUACUUGUCCCCAAUAUAAUCUCGUACAAUCAUUAUUAUUUAUUAGUACUUAUUCCGCCGAUCUGGAGUUCUUAUUAAACGUGCAUAUAUUUAUACGGUUAUUUACGCGUUGAACAUUCACAUAGGAAUACGUAGUUACCUAGGUAUUACGAUACCUCAAGAUAGCUAUUCCGUCCCGAAACUAACAACAUUCAAUAAUAAACACGAUAAAACGAUAACGACCCUCAAUCAUUUUACUCGGGAGAAAUUUGAAUGAAACUGAUGUAUGUAUUCUUGCAAUCCCCUUUUUAAAUUGAAUUACUUGUUCUAUUGUUGUUAUAAUAUUGUUUGCUGAAUAAAUUAUGCGGUACCUAUAGAGAAAACUGUGAAAAAUCGGGGUACCUAACUAUACCUAUACAAGACUUUCAAUGUCAAAACGAUCACAAUAAACAGACAAUGUAUACUUAUAUGUUUACGUGGCGCCAAAUUGUCAUAACAUUCAAACAAAUAAUAGGAAACCAAACGCAGAAAAUCUAUUGCAGAAUAAAACACGUUUGAAUACACGUUAGAAUAGAUGUUUUGAAACGACUUCUUGAUUUUCAUGAAAGAAUAAAAUUUGUAUAGAGACGACAAUUGGUUAUAAUAUACCGUAUUUAAUAAUCACGACUAUGGCAUGUAUAUAUAGGUGUACACGUUUAUAUGGCAUUCCAUAGUUAUUAACGAGUUUAAUAUAAUAUGGUAUAACAUGACAUGAAUAUUUAUGUUAUACAGGCAACCGGCAGUCGCACAAUCUCGUAUUGGAGUGCCAGAUAUUAGUUAUGGCGGCGACGAACAUCAUGACCACCAUGAUAUUCAUGACCAUCACGAGCACCACCAUGAAAAAUUGAAAGGCUACUGGAAGAAGAAACUCAUCUGGAAGCCGGACUGGGUAAAAACGUGGAAGCCAGGUAAAAAACAAAUUUGGAAGCCGUCAUGGAAAAAAAUCUACAAGCCAAUAUGGGUACCGACAAAGAAACAGGGAUGGAAAGAAGUGCACGUUCCAGUUUGGAAAAAAAUAUACAAACCGAUAUGGGUACCGAUUUCAGUACCAGCAUGGAAGGAGGUACAAGUUCCGGAUUGGAAGAAAAUAUACAAGCCAGUAUGGGUAUCCAUUGAUGUGCCAGCCUGGAAAGAUGUACAAGUACCUGACUGGAAGAAAAUAUACAAGCCAGUAUGGAAACAAAUUGAAGUGCCAGCGUGGAAAGAAGAACAUGUGCCAGACUGGCAUAAGAUUCAUGUACCAGAGUUAGUGAAAGCGUACGUACCUGGAUCAAAACAUCUAGGAAAAGAUUACCAUGGAUGGGAAUACGAAGCGCAUGACCUAUGGAAAAAGAAAGUCGUAUGGAAGGUGCACUGGAAAAAAGUAUGGAAAACAGUGAAAAAGCAAAUUUGGGUACCUUCGAAAAAACUUGAAUGGAAAGAAGACUGGGUACAGAUCUGGAAACCAGCGAAGAAACAAAUCUGGGUAAAGGACAAGAAAUUGGAAUGGAAGGAAGACUGGAAACAAGUCUGGCGUACCGAAAAGAAACAGAUAUGGGUCCAAGACAAGAAACUCGAAUGGAAGGAAGAUUGGAAACAAGAAUGGAAAACAGAAAAACAAGAAAUCUGGAUUCCGGACAAGAAAUUAGAAUGGAAAGAAGAUUGGAAACAAAUAUGGAUCCCAGACUGGAAAGAAAUUUGGCUGCCAGCGUGGAAGAAGAUUUGGAAGCCCGUGUGGAUAUCUGAAUGGUUCCCGAUAGAGGAACACCACCAUCACCACGAAGAACACCAUGAUUCCCACGAUCAUGACGGAUACAAGAAAAAAUGAAGACUGAAUUGUUUCAAAUAAUCACAUAAUCAACUACCUAUGUUGUGUACAUACAAACACAUCACUUUGUAAAUAUUGUUAUUAUUAUAUUAAGUUGUUAAAAUAUUUUAUACCUACUUCUUAUCUGUUAGAUAGCCUUAAAGACCAAAUUCCACUAAAAUAUUUGUUUUAGAAGAAUUCGUAACUAUUUGUUACCUAUGUAAACUAUAAUAAUUCUGUCUCUUAGCAUUUUAAACAUAUUGCAUUAAUUAAAAUAAACAUUAUUAGUGUUAAGGCAUUUUAAAUCAAAAAGUUGUUUUUUUUUUUUUAUUCAAUAUAUGUAUUGUUUUUAUAUUGAUGUAAAAACCCUAGAUACAUUUUUUAAAAAUAAUAAAUUUAUACAUGAGCAUUAUUCAAAUUUGAUUUUGUACAUUGCAAUAUGACAUGAUAUGUGUUACCAAGUAUACCGACUCAAAUAUAUUUAAUCAAUGUGGGCACAAUGUUAUUACUGAAAGCCUCCCUCCUAAAAAGAGUUUAAAUAUUUAAUUAUUAACCAUAUACUAUAAUGAUUUAAUGC